UCUCCUUCAAACGAUCAGCCACCGUCGAUCAGUUAAAUUUGUUCGUCGCGAUCGAUCGGUACCAAAUCAAUCAAUCAAUCAAUCAGUUGAAUAUUUGUGUUUGACGAACGGAAAUUGUCCCGUUAAGUCAGCAAUCCAGUGAUGCUUGAGGAUUCAAACGGAAACGUGCAGUAAAUGAACGGUUCUGGUGCCAUGGAAAAUAAAGCGAGAAAGGACUCGCGCACCAAAAACAUCGCCAACGGUUUAAAUGUACGCGUUUGAGUGACUCAGUAGUUUGUUCUCAUCUAUUUGUGUGUUUCAAUGAACUGUGACGCAACUAACAAUAAUUGCGAGGAAAUCAAACAAUAUUGUCAACUUUAAUAGAAUAAAUUUUCUUGAAAUUUUCCAUACUAUCACUACGAUAGUAGAUUAUGUGUUUAGCCGAGACAAGGAGAUGAACCAGUCGUAGUCGGGUUGGAUGUGAUCCAAUAAUUUCCUCAAUCAACAUUUUCUGCUCAUGGAUUCAAAGUGACAUGUUUAUCUGUGAUAUUAUAUCUAUAGAUAGAGUGUAGUAUUCUCUGCAACUAGUGUAGUAUUUUCAUAAGCUUUAUGGGUAUUUUUGGACAUUGAUUUACGAAUUCGGUAAGAGAUUUUCGACAUGCCACAGGGGAUGAAUGAAUUUAAAUCAGGCGCAUCUAAUGGACUGACGUUGUUGCCCAUGGAGCAGCAAGCGAACGGAAUAGCCAUUACCGUGGCCCUCCCAAACACACCAGUGCGAGAGAAGUGGGGUAAGGAUGUUGAGUUCAUGCUGUCCUGCAUAGCCUACUCGGUUGGGUUUGGUAAUAUCUGGAAGUUUCCGUACACUGCAUUGCAGAAUGGAGGAGGAGCGUUUCUCAUUCCAUAUCUGGUUGUUCUGUUUGUGAUUGGACGACCAAUCUACUACCUGGAGAUGGUGAUGGGGCAGUUCUGCAGUAGUGGUUGUGUGAAAAUUUACGAUUUGGCACCAAUAAUGAGAGGUGUUGGCGUUGGCCAGUCUCUGGCGAUGUUCGUAGUUAUGACUUACUAUACGCCGGUAUUGGCGAUUACGUUGCAUUACCUGAUAGCGUCCUUCAGCACGGAGCUUCCGUGGAGUAAAUGUGAUCCUUCCUGGAGCCGGUGCAUUGAUUCGAGUUAUCUUGGAUACUGGAAUGAUAGCGAUUCCAUGCUAGAUUUCAAGAACGUUUCGGCCGAACUUUAUUUUACGAAAACAGUUAUGCAUCGGGCUCCACUCAACGAAGGGAUCGGAAUGCCCGAUCUUUAUCUGACUCUGUGUCUUUCGAUUUCUUGGAUGCUCGUUGCCACCAUUUUGAUAAAAGGCAUUCGCAGCACCGGAAAGGCUGCGUAUUUUCUGGCUCUGUUUCCGUACGUGAUUAUAAUAAUACUAUUCAUUCACUCUUGCACUCUAGAGGGAUCAAUAAAAGGGAUUAUGUACUUUCUAACACCGAAGUGGGAUCAACUUUUCACAGCUCACGUUUGGAUGGAAGCUGUGACGCAGUGUUUCUUCUCGUUAUCGAUCUGUUUCGGCGGAAUCAUUGCUUACUCAUCGUUCAACAAUUUUUCUAACAAUGUUUACAGAGAUGCCAUGAUCAUCUCAUGGUUGGAUACAUUCACUUCAAUUAUUGUAGGCUGCAUCGUGUUUGGAGUACUCGGUAACCUUGCUCACGUGACUCACAAGGAAAACAUCCAAGAUGUCGUACGGCAAGGACCAGGACUAACUUUUAUGGCCUACCCGGAUGCAAUUGCAAAGUUUGAAUACUUCCCUCAGCUUUUCUCGGUUCUUUUCUUCAUGAUGCUCUUCAUAGUUGGCAUAGGAAGCAACCUAGGAGUAAUCACUAGCAUUAUAACUGCUAUUCGCGAUCGCUGUCCGACGUUACCGAACUGGAAAGUUGCCAGUACAAUCAGCGUCAUCGGAUUUUGUUUGAGUACGAUCUACAUGACCCCAGGUGGGUUAGACCUGUUGGAUGUGUUUGACAAUUAUGGAGCUAAAUAUGUUACACUGACACUAGCACUAGUAGAGCUGAUUACCUUUGGGUGGAUCUACGGAGUGGAUCGCAUUUGCCGAGACAUCCAAUUCAUGCUGAACAUCGAUACCAGUAUAUUCUGGAGAGUUUGCUGGGCGAUCGUGGCACCGCUUGUUGUUGGAGUGAUUAUGAUUGGGAGUUUCGUGGGCCACGAACCGGUAGCAGUUCCAUUUGUGUAUAAUGCUAUGGGUUGGUUCAUUUACACAAUCGCGGUGAUCCAACUUCCACUCUGGGCUAUCUACGCGGUGCUUACUCAAAAACAAAAGGGAUUACUGCGGAAAACUUGGCAGGCUUUCAAACCGUCUAAAACAUGGGGUCCAGAGGAUGAAUCUACGAGGGAUUUGUAUAACGCAUAUGUUGAAAGAAAUGAAAGCGCCUUGAAUCGCAAACAGAGAUUUAAUUUGUGGCGAUUUGUUUACCAGAGGGUUUUUAAAUGAAACUGUUUAGUGUAAGUACUUUCCUAAGAAUCUUGCUGUUAAAAAUAUAUGAAAAAUGAA